UAAAAAGCCAGUUAUAGUCUAAAAAUGUCCUUUUCAAGAGAUAAUAUUAUUAAGUUUCAUGUUCACUUGAACCCAAUAAGGGCUAAAUUUCGGCCCCAGAAGGCACUCAAAAGAGAGACCAUCUGCAGCCCUAAGAACCUCCCGAAUUCCCCUAACCCACAGCAUGUACCCCCUAAAGCUCUCUUUCCGACUCAGCCAUCUCUUCUGCAUAAAAGUCAGCCUGUUCCAGAUCCCCUCAGUGUGUCUAAGCCCAAGACAAUUUUUUAAAAAUCCAGCCAAGACCCACAAGAAAAGAGUCAUAUUCAACAAGUACAAAUCCCCUGCCAAAGACAGCCAGUCACAAAGUGAAGAUUCAGAAGAGUAUUUAAGAGGCGGAAAACAGAUGAGAGAGUCGAGAAACAAGCAAAGAUCUGAGCAGGUUCUAGUUGAUCAGAACUGCCAGACAGCGGAUAACCCGACCUUAGAAUGAGACUCGAUUGAUAAUACCUACCAAAUCCAGCAAAUAGAAAGAAAAGAUAUCAAGACUUAUUUCCAGAAGCCCACAAGCUUAUCAAGAAGGUGAAGCAGGCCUGGCAAUUCCUUUAUAAUCAAGAAGGCAUCAGACACUGGUGGCGAUCUCUCAAGGAGGAGGAACUGAAUGCCUCCUAAGAAGGUAAACUGGUUCAUGACGAACCAGAUUAGGUCAAAUAAGUUGGCUAAGAUACCCAAAAAUCGAUCUAAAAGGAAUUAUAAAUAAGCUUUCAAUAUCAUCACAAAAUUGCCUGUUUUCCCAAACAGGGAGGUUUGCUCCCAAGACCAAGCAGAGGCAAAGAUUGAUAGUCAAAGGUCUAAAGUGAAGAGACCCUAAAAUUUUGAACCAAAAAUGAAAUUUCAGCAUGGUCAAGAUCUUCAAUCUGCUUAAGAAUAAACUAAAGAAUCGGAUGAAAAGAAAGAACAGGAACUCCAGAGAAAGGUCAGCUCAUAAGACUCCUCAAAGGAGCUACACCAACAUCCACUCGCCACAGAGGAGGUACCUACAUCUCUCUCCAUUCGGAAGAGGGACCUUAACAGGGGUGGGUAGUUUGGAAACUAGUAUUCACAGAUAAUUCUUUCAGAGAAUUUAUCAUUUUUCA